AUGGCGUUGAACGCGAAGGAGGUGGUCCGCGUCUUUGCCUGCAGCUCACAAUUAUCAUAUAAUCUUACAAGACUGAAAUAUUCUUUCAUUGCAAACCCUGUUAAAAGGGCUUUAUGUAAUAUGAAAAGUGAAACGGACGCUUUUAAAGGUACGUUGAGAGCUUUGAAGAAAUCAGUCGUACCGAUUGAAAUAGAGUUGGAAAGCAUCGUGGAAGUGCAGAAAACGAAAGCGGAAAAUGAUCUUGUCAACGAUAUGUUUAACAUACUGCACAAACCUAUUUUUCAGGAUAAAUAUCGGCAAAUCUCUCACGCUGUUAUGUCCUGCAUGCAAGUAUUUUCUCUUUCCUAUGAUAUUUGCUUUAACUUGGUACCGAUGGACGCUGGAAUCCUUUGCUGGCCUCUGAUGCUUCCCAAUGCUUGUAAUAUCCACCGUUAUCUUGGACCGAUUUGUAAUUUUCAGGAUGAGUUGGAUCCAGGCCUGGGAGAGGGCUACGUAUAUUUAAAGAAAGCGUCAAAAACGUUUACAGAGAAUUUGAUCAAUGUGAAUGUAGUAUGCAGAGAAAUUCCGGACAAGACCGAUGAUCAGUUUCACACUACUAAGUUGACCGCUGAACAAUUAGUCGAAGCGUUUGAAGUGAAAUACUACGUGAUGCAGGGCGCUGUUGUUAUCGUCAAUGUGUGUCUGGCUUUACUAUUUUUGAGACUUGUGACGUCAGCGCAAAGUUAUCACGACCUUUACUUAACUAGUAUAGACUAUGAUAAUGUUUAUAUCACGGGAUACUUCAAGAGAAUUGAUGGAAGGCGUAAAGAGAAACAUAAGUGUUCAUUGUUGCCAUUGAAAAAGGUGUAG